GGAACACCUAGUGGAAGCGGGCGAUCCAUGGCAUGUCAAACCCGCCGUAACAUUGUAUCCACACGCAGAUAGCCUCUUCUCGUCUUCGGAGGGCAGCUCUGCUAUGUUUCCUUGCUCUUUACCGUUUGGCUAGAAGAAAAGACCUCAGGCAUGCUCCAUGGAGCCUUGCAGCGCUUACACCUCCCCGACCCCGAACGACGUGCGAUCGACCACGCACAUACGACUGAUACGAUAAGGACGGCGCUGGACGGCACGCCAGCAAAAGAUGGUGGGGAGGGGGACUUCAGAGAACGAUACACAGCACAAAGACAACACGAACGGCGCAAAGGGGAAGGAAACAACGCCCGCCAACAAUGAAAGUGCUCUGAGCUCAGAUCGGAGCGUGGAUGCUCUCGACACCCGACUCGCCUCAUCUUCCAUCGACAACACGACCAUGUCCUCGUCCGCGAUAAGUCAGUCGGGCUACUCAACAGCCAUGACAUCGAACAUGACGAAUGACGAUCGCUCUCCUAGCAGCUCCAUAGCCACCACGUCGCACGCGCAACCCAGUCUCACGCUUCUUGAGCUCAUGUCAAACUCCGCAUCGUCUUCGGCGCUUCCCGAUAGCUUCGACUUCAACGUUUCGAGGAGGGGAAACUACGUUGCAGUGUACUCGGCGUCGAAUAUCUGGCUGAUACAGACGGCACAGCUGCCUAGGCUCUUUGCGCGCACCCUCCAAGUCAAGCGCAAGCCCGUUGCUAUCGACAUCACAGAAGACGGCUUUCUGCUCGCAGUACUGUCGCGGCCAUCGCAGGUCGACUUGUAUGAGAUUCAUGGCGAGCAGGGCGGACAAAUCAAGAUGCGGAGAACGGUGCAGCUAGUGCACGAAGCCAGCUCCCUCGUUAUCUCGCCGGAUGCGCGCAUCUUGAUCACUGGAAAUAAAUUCGGUAUCGAGGUUGUCGCUGUCUUUCCAGACGCGCCUGUGACCGCGCGACGUACACUUUCUGGGCCUGCAGGCGACGCGCUGGAGUUCUCGGAUGACGGACGCACGCUGCUCAUUACAGGGUACGCACGCAAGUCAGAUAGCUCUGCUCUAUUUGUUCUUCCAGGGUUGUACGAUGGCCCACUCGACGAGGAGGGCGCGCCAAUACCUCAAGCGCCGGAAGUUGUAUGGACAGGAUCUGUGCUUUUUCCAGAGACCGCAAGAAUAGCGCGACAGGCUACGCUGCUUCCAGAUGCCGACACAGGGACCUUCAACGAGCUCUUCGCUUUCAACGCAGAAGAAGAUUCUUGGGGGAUAUAUGACAUUGCCUGUCAGCGGUUCACGCAAAGGAAGAUGUUCUUGCCUGAUCAUCAGCGCUGGACACGGUCCGAGUUCGUCGACGAUGCCAUGCCCGCUGUUUCCCCCAAUGCUGAUCUGGCAGCGGUAGCUCUACGGAUGCGCGGUACCACCAACAUUUGGAUAUACGAGGUGCCUGGGUGGGAAUACAAACCGAGUGAGAAGGCAAAAGGUCAGGCGCCUAUCCAGCCUUGCUUUUGUAUACCGAUACCGAAGCUUGGUGUUGGUGCUUAUCAGGAGAUCUGUGUGCUGCGAUGGGUCAAGAUUGGCAACAACGUCCAGCGACUCAUUGCGGUGGGUAACUCGAGCAUAGCACCGAUCGAGAGCGAUGUACCUGAUGUACCAAUCGGACCGAAGGGUGUCAUCGUUGUUCUCGAUUUCGAUAAGACGAAGCCCGCAGGGGUUGCGAUUCCGGUGACAUCUAAAGUAGAGUAUGAUCUGGAUCCUUUGUGCCCGGGUGAAGUGCUUCCAGAAGGCUCCUUAGACUUCAAUCAAGAAGUUGAGCUAAUGAGAACAAGGACAUUGGCACAGCGCAGAGCACAAGGCCAGGCGAGCGGUGCGAGACGUAGCUCUAGAAGUGGUACAUCAUCUGUACAGCGCUCGCGUACCACUGUCAGACCACCACCAAUGGCUGAUGAAGAAGAGCUGACGGCGGAAGAAGCGCAAGCAGCCUUCGAGAUGCCGUACGACAACCAGCAGCCUAGGUCGCAGAUGUCAUUAGCAAGAGCCGCAACUGUGGCUGCCGUGUCCCCUGCAAACCGUCGACACCUGCGUGCACUACCUUUCCGCCCGUUGGAGUACCGUCGCGCUGAUGGCUCCGGUCAGCGCGAGUUGCCCCAUGAGAGCGAUGCAGAUAACUGGGUCCCACCACCCCCAGCGUAUACAGCCAAAGCGGAAGAAGCUGAGAGCGUCAGUCUGAGCCAUCCCAAUGCGCCACCAUCAGCACGCCGAGCAAGUCGCGGUUCGAGUCGAGGUUCUGGGUCAAGAUCAGGUAUACCUCCGGUGCCUACGCUUCCCGCGAUGACUGCCACAGUCAAUCCUGCACAGCUUUCGCCAUCGGGACCAUACCAGCACGCGGGCCAAUCAUUCUCCGCUAUUGACGUAUCGCUUCGACGACCAUCACUGAGCCAUCUUACAACAUACCCAGGCCCACACUCCUCAGACUCAAUACGAAGACGAGGAUCCUCAGCCCACUCACCACCUCAACAAUUGGCCUACAUCUCGCCUUCACAAGCUCAACCACCGUCGACAACGCCCCCAGCCCGACGCCCUUCGUGCGUCAACCGCCGCCCAGCGACCGGCACAAACGACAUCCGUCCACCACCCAUUACUGACCCGGAACUACUGCACCGCGGCUCUGCGCCCCUCGUACCGCGCGCUGCAUCUAUCCCACGCCAUUCCGUGGCUGCAUUCCAGGAUCGGCCGCUGCCGCCAAACCCUCCGCUUAAUCCCACGAGUACGCCUGCGCCUCAUCGAUCAAUCUCACCUCCGGCUCACCUCAACAAUCAAGCGAGGAGAAACUUGAUGCCCCGUCUCGUGCCACCAUCACAGCAGUUGGUGGCGCAGGAGUGGUUUAGAGGAACGAUGAGUGCGCCGCCCAUGUCGGAGGGAUAUGCAGGCGUGGGGAUGUCAACGCUGGGUGGUAUGCAAGCACCACAUAGCGCAGUACCGGUGUUGACCGAGAGAACGGGGACGAGAGGGAGUAAUGGCAAGAAAGAGGGGAAGGGGAAGAAGAGGAUUGCAUGUUCGGUCAUGUGAGAGCAUAGAGAGUGUUCCUUUGAUAUUAUUUGGGCGGUGCGAUAUAUACCCUUAGCGUUACAAUUGAAGGACGUGAUCACCGUUUCUGCUGGACGACUACCACCAUGCAGUAC